CUGAGCUUCCUCUUCUCUCUUGGUUUUGGUUGAGUUCUGUUUGUAACAAGGAUGACCUGUACAAGGAAAUGGAGUGGGUGUACAAAGAAGUCGGGCCUUUCGAGCCUCGAUAUUUCGAGUAACAAAAUGGAGUUGAAAGUUUUUUUUUGCUUGUUUGUUUUCAAACCUCUCUUCUCUGGAAGUUCUUUUCUUCCUCUUCUUUUCUCAACACAUCAAAAACAUGAAGGUGGUGGUGACAUCAAGAGAAACAAUCAAACCAUCUUCUCCAACUCCAGACCACAAUCGAAUUUUGCAACAAUCCUUCAUCGAUCAAAUAAACAUUCGAAACAUUAUUCCAUACAUUCACUACUACACGUCAGACGUUUGUAUCAGACCCACCUCCUCGGAAAAAUGUCACCUCCUAAAGAAAUCUCUCUCCGAGGCCCUAACUCGGUUCUACCCUUUAGCAGGGCGUCUCAGAAACAAUCUCUAUGUCGAGUGCAACGACGAUGGUGUCCCCUUCUUGGAAUCCAGAGUCCAAUCCCAACUCUCAAACUUUGUUCGAAACCCGAACUUUGAUGAUCUCAACAAGUUUCUUCCUUGUGACCAACUUGACGAUGCCGGUGACAUACCCUUGUCGGUACAAGUCAACAUCUUCGACUGUGGCGGCGUAGCCAUCGGUACGUGCUUUUCUCACAAAAUAGCAGAUGGGUUGUCUGUAGUGACCUUCCUCAAUUUCUGGGCUAAGCUUGCUAGAGGUGUUGACGUCUCCAAUAUGCCCGUUCCUCGAUUCGACAUUGCCACAUUUUUCCCACCAAGAGACAUUUCGGGUUACAAAAGAAGUUCGGGCACCACGAAAGAGAAGACUGUAGCGAAAAGCUUCGUGUUUAGCGACUCUGCCAUAUCUGCCCUUAAAUCCAAGUAUGUUAUGGGGUUAGAUAACCCGAAACCUCCCUCCCGGCUUGAGGUACUUACUACUUUCAUAUGGAGUAGAUUGGUGGCUGCCAAUGGAGGAGGGAGAGCAGUGGUUCAAGCAAUGAACCUACGGGGGCGAGCAAAUCCACCGUUACCAGAGUCCUAUUUUGGUAAUCUGAGUCGUUUUGCUACAUUUGUACCAUCCAUAGACUGUAAUGGAAAUGAGGGUUGUCGUUUUAUUAAUCAAAUGAGGGAAGCGAUAAAGAAAAUCGACAGUGAUUAUGUCAAAAAUUUACAAGAGGGAGGCAAUGUGAUUGAAAUGUCGAGCUCUACCAAUGUAGUGGAUUCUAGCAAAUUAGAGAAUAAUUCUCUCGUCUUUGCGAGUAAUUUCUUGUUCCCAUUAUACGAAGUAGAUUUUGGGUGGGGAAAACCGAUAUGGGUGAGUUUCGCUACGUUACCGUUCAAGAAUUCUAUUAAUUUUCUACCUAGGAGAGCAGGUGUUGGCAUUGAAGCUUGGUUUUUUAUGAAAGAGGAUGACUUGGCCAAACUUGAAGCCGACAAAGAGUUCCUCGCAUUUGUUUCUCCGACCUCGGGUGCACAAGAUUUGCUUACCAGCUCCCUGUAGAUGUGGGAAAUUUGCCUGUUUCAAUCCAAUUUCUUCAUCUACAUUUUUGUUUUGGUUUUGGUUUUGAAUGUGUUGUUUGACUCAGUCUUUUGUUGUGCUUUUUUGUUGUCACAAAUAAACUAAAUGUUAGUGUUUUUUAUUCCACUGUUUCAUGUUGUUAUCUUAAAUAAUGCAAGCUCAUUUUAAAUUCAAAAUU